AUAUCACUAGCUUUGUAGGGAAAAGUCUUAAACCAACUGUACAAUAAACUUGAACUAAGAAAUAGUUUCUUCUUAUUAUGAACUUUUUAAAUGUAAAUAGGGAAUAACCUUCUACGUCAUUACCACGCAUUUCUCGAUAGUUCCAGACCUCUCCACAAAUUAUGCGUAUAUAUUUAUAUACGUAAGACAACGUAACUUACUUUAAGCUAAGAGAGAAUAAAUUGAGUGGGAAAAAAGGGAAUUUUCGCAGAAUUCUAUACAGAAAUUUUAUACAAAAAUAUACACAACCAGAAAGUGAAGAUGGUGUUGGAAAGCAUCAGUCGUCAAUCAUCAACAGAAGCUGUAGUAGAGAGAAGACAUAGUGGUUAUGAAGUUCUUCUGGUUGAUCCUUUGCCAGAACGUUUAAAAUGUCCAUUGUGUAAAAAGUUGAUGCGAAAUCCCAUUCAAACAUAUCGUGGUGAACUAGCUUGUGAAUAUUGUUAUCAACGCUAUCAAAAUGAUAUCAACGUAUGUCCGAUUGAUCAUGAAGCCACAUCUCCAGAAAGCACACACAGGGAUAAAUUUCAAGAACAAGUUAUCGACAUGCUGCCAUGCUAUUGUACCAAUAAACAGCGCGGCUGUGACUGGAGAGGAACUGUUAAAGAAGCCGAGAACCAUCAGGCAGAAUGUCAAUUUGGGCCUGUUAAAUGCUGUUUCUGUGGUGAAAAUGUCCACGAUAGAAGUUUAAAGAACGACCAUUUGAAGAAUUGUACUGCUUUAAUUGAAAGAAAAAUCUGCAUAUACGAGUCCAUUGGAUGUAAAUACAAGGUUACAAACGUUGAAGAACAUGUCCAGCAUCUCCUUAAUGAUUCAUAUCAACACGUAUUUCUGCAGCAAAAAGAGACGAACAAGCAGAAAGAAAUCGCACAACAUCUAAAGGAAGAACUAACAAAGAAAACCAUCGCAAUUAAAGAAAUAGAAGAAAAUCUAAAUGACAAUGUUUCUUCAUUAAAGGAGAAAAUUUCCAAGUUGCUAAAAAAUGCAGAAGAUAGCCAAAAAGCAUUUUUACAUAUAAACACUCAAUUACAAAAACUUUCAAAUCAAAUGGAGCAUAUCAAAUCUGCUGGUAAUAAUGAUUUAAACAAUGAAGUCAACACGAGUCUCAUGACUGAUAUUAACGAAAAAAUAGCAACUUUGGAUUUGAAACAGCAAUUAGGUGAAAACACUACAUAUGAUGGAAAGAUCUUAUGGAAGAUUGAUAACUUUUCAUAUAGAAUGCAACAAGCUGUAACGGGGAGAGUGACAGCAUUGCACAGCGCUCCAUGCUUUACAAGUAGAUAUGGAUACAAAUUCUGUGGACGCUUAUACCUAAAUGGAGACGGUAUGGGAAAAUGUUCUCACGUCUCCUUAUUCAUGGUGUUAAUGAAAUCGCAAUACGACAAUCUACUGGAUUGGCCAUUUAAUAAGCAUAUGAUGUUCAGAUUGAUCAAUCAGGAAGAUUACAGCAAAAGUAUUCAGGAAAGUUUCCUUCCAGAUGGAGCUUCAUCCAGCUUUCAGAAGCCAACUAGAGAAAUGAAUGUAGCAGCUGGCUGCCCCUUGUUUGUAUCAAAAGAGAAAUUGCUAAAUGAAGGCUUCGUUAAAGAUGAUGCAAUUUUUAUUGAAAUAUCUGCUAAAUAAUUUUAGGUUAUUUAAUCAAAAGAAAAGUAAAAAUGAAAUGUAAAUGUAAAUUAAAAAACAAUAAAUAGAACAGUAGUAAUAUUUGUAAUUAUUUAAUAGAAGGUUUAUAUUUUAAUAUCUUUGGCUUAGUGUUUAUAAAAUACGAUUAUUAAGUUUUUGUUAUAUGUGAAAUUUUCCACUUCAGUUUAUUUUCAAAAAGGAUGCAACUUUUAAAUAAAUUUAAGGGUCUGACUAACAUUAAAAGUAUGUUAGACAACCAGCCAAGGUAUCCGGUUUUCCUGGUUCUACAUCAAAUUUUUAGCCAAUAAAAUUGCAGGAAACUGAUAUAGCAGUGAGAAGCAUUUAAAUUAAAUUUUACAACGUAUAAAAAAAAGAAAUAUUUAAAAUUUUGAUUAUUGUUAUUAUAUUAAAAUGUAUUUUAGAUGUAAUUUUGCUAUUUUUAUAGUAAUUGAUUUUGAAUUAUAUUAUCUUUUAAUUGACAAAUGAAAAUCAAAAAUAGGAUGUUACAAAGUUUUAAGUACUUUGAAUUUUGGAAAAAAACAAAAUAUUAUUUUAUUCUUUUUACAGUUGCUAUGUAUUCUUUCAAAUGACAUUAACAAAAAAACACUGAAAUUUGUGUAUUCUUAUUUAAUUUUUUUGCUUGUAAAUAAAUGCUAAUGUACAGUGGAACCUCUCUGAGCGUAACAUUCUUUUGUGAUCAUGAUAAAAACGUUUCUUAAAUUGUUUAGGUAACUUGCUUUAAAAGAGUUACCUGCACGGAAAAUUCUUUUUUGAAGAUAAGAAAAAUGUUUCCUUUUUCUGAGCCACAAAAAGCUCUGACUUUUAUAUACAUACAUUGUUAUAUUAUUAUUUUUAGGUUUGCUAUUUAUUAUCAACAUUGUAAAACUAAUUAAGUUAUUAACCAUUCUGCUACAGCACAUUUUUAGUCAAUAAAAUCGAAGUAAAUUGAUAUAGCAGUAAGAAGUAUUUAAAUUAAAUUUAGCAACGUUUAUAAAAAACGAAAUAUUUUAAAUUAUAAUUAUUGAUAUAUUGUAUUUAGAUUUAUUUUAGAUGUAACUUUUGUUAUUUUCCUACUAAUUUUCUUAUCUUUAUAAUCUUUCAAUUGACAGAUGAAAAAGGAAAAAUAGAAUGUUAUAAUGAUUUGAGCACUUUAAAUUUUGGGGAAAACAAAAUUGUAUUUUUAUUACUUUUAUAGUAACUAUGUAUUCUUUUAAAGACAUAAACAAAAAUACACUGAAACUUCAUGUA